AUGACCAACGGUGCCAAUGGCCCGCCUGACUCUGACCGAUUGAACGUUGUCGAAGAAGAGAAUAAACACUUAAGAAAUGAGAUCGCCACCCUCAAACAGCUCUUUCAGAAUAUUGCAGUGCAAUCUACUCCAUCCAACUCACCCAACUCAUCCCCAUCAGCUCGCAAAUCCCUUACCGCCAAACAACUCAAAGAUGCGAAGAAGGCCAAUGCCGAUCAUGACUUGGAAGGAGUGGGAUCCAAGCUUCUUACUAGCUGUUACGAUCUUUCGCGUUGUUUGAUGAAGCGUUCCUCUGCUACUGCCCCUGUACCAUCCCCACCAUCCACUACCGAGAGGGAAAAAAUCAAAGGCUUCUUUGACUUAUCAUCUCAACCGCCGAGUGAUUCCGCAGGCCACCGAAUCCAACUCAAAGAAUUGAACCAGAUUCAAGGUAACGCCAAAAUCGACAACGAUUACGUCCAAUACAUUCAUGCAACCAUGAAGCGCUGGGGGAUUCCGCGAUUCACAAUGGAUUGGGCUAAACAUUGGGAUGAUCGCUUCAACCAAAUCAUGUUUGCACAAACCAAGGCCCAGAAGAUAUCGAUGGACAAUCACAUCCUGAUGGCCAUUUAUUGGCGUCACACCACAAGCUUGCGCCAAUACUUCAAGCGCAGUCAAAAGGGAGACGACACCUUGUCUCAAGAUCAGGCUAAAAAUACUCAGCAACAAGGCUUACAACGUAAAUCUGUGGCGAGACAACUUUACCUUCAAAAAGAGGGGGUCCACGGGCGCUUCAUCGAACCAUUCGACGAUAAAUUUGUCAAUUUGGAGGAUGAAUUAUCCGAGGAGAACGGUCAACCACUAGCUCUGCCAAAGACUCCAACUUGGCGAUCCAAAAAGGCAACUGCCUUCAUCGAUUGGAUCGAGCUCCGCCGAAGAUCACAGAAGGUCUUUGGCAAACCAAAGCAGAACAAAUCUCGCUUUUCGGCAGGUGCUACUGCACGAAUGCGCAAGCGUCCCUCUCCCGAGAUUCCCGACGACAACGUGCAUAUCCCCAUUGGCCUCCCUGAAGACUUUUACGCCACUCAGUUCUUGAACGGGUUGAGCUUCGCCGAGAAGAAGGCCCUACAGGUGACUACCCCAAUCUUUGACAUGAUAGAUCAAUUCGACACUAUCUUACCUCAGGAUGAUGUCAACUUCCACAUCCACUCCACCCGCGCCCGAAUUGAAGUUGUCAACAAAAGGUCCAGAGUGAGCCCUGAUGAAGAUAGUGAAGAGGACAAGGGUGAAUUGGAUCCAACCAUUGUCAAGAUGGAGGAGGAUCCCGAUGAGGAAUUUUGA